CUUAUAUUUAAUUAAAUGGAUACUACAACAGUCAUCAAUCGUACACUAGGUAUUGCAGCGCUUACUAUUACUGCUUUAGUCAUCAAAUAUCCAGAUUGUGCCAUUUUUGAUGAAAAUCGUGAAGGAAUUGCCUACAACAAAGGAUGGCCAUUACUUGGUGGUCUUCCAACUAUCUUGGCUAGUUCAGAACGUAUACAUGAAUUUUUCUUGUCUGGAUUUACAAAUUUAAAUUCACUUACAACGACUACUUCAGCAUUAGGUAUGCCUCGAGCAAUAGCCACAAUUGACCCACGAAAUGUUGAACAUAUUUUAAAACAUAAUUUCGAGAAUUAUGUAAAAGGACCCCAAUUUAACACAGCUACAGGUGAUUUAUUAGGCCAUGGUAUCUUUAAUGCUAACGGAGAACAGUGGAAAUAUCAAAGAAAAACAGCAAGUCAUAUCUUUAACGUGAAAAACUUUCGAGAUCGUUUUACCGAGGUAUUUGUAAAGGAGCUUAAUGUGAUGUCUGAAUACAUUUUAGAUAAAGCAGUAAAUGGUCAUGAAAUUAUUGAUUUCCAUGAUGUCAUGUUUAGGUUUACAUUAGAUUCAUUUAUCCUACUUGGAUUUGGCGUUGAAUUGGACGCCUUAAAAAGCAAAGAUAAGGUACCAUUUGCAGCUUCCUUUGAUGCUUGCCAACUCGACUCCUUCCAACGUUUUGUUAAUCCAUUUUGGAAACUAACUGCAGCUUUUAAAAAUUUUAUUAAUCCUGGUGAAAAGACAACCACACAACACUUGAAGACAGUUGACAAUUUUGCCCAUCAAGUUAUUGAAGAACGACGCCAAAAUCCAGAAGCUAAUAACAACAAUGAUCUCUUAUCUCGUUUUAUGAAUGCUCAUAAUGAACAUGGACAGCCUCUAAACAACAAAGAAUUAAGAGAUAUUGUAUUAAAUUUUGUAAUUGCAGGAAGAGAUACAACUGCACAAGCCCUUUCUUGGGCCUUUUAUAUGUUAUUGUUGCACCCACGAGUUGAGAAUCAUUUAUUGAAAGAGAUUCAUGAAUAUAUAACAGAUGAAUUGACAAAUGAUGCUUCUCAAUUAUAUGAAGUUAUUAAAAAAAUGACAUACGCACACGCUGUAUUCUAUGAAGUUUUACGAUUAUAUCCUUCUGUUCCUGCUAACCAAAAAUUUGCAUUGAAUGAUGAUGUAUGGCCAGACGGUACGGCUAUCCGAAAAGGAGAUUAUGUUAUGUGGUGUCCAUGGGCUCAAGGACGAUCAGAGGCUGUUUGGGGUCCUGAUGCAAGAGAGUUCCGACCAGAACGAUGGAUUACACCUGAUGGUGAAUUGAAACGUGAGUCUCAAGGACAAUGGCCAGCCUUUCAUGCUGGACCUCGUGUCUGUCUUGGUCAAAAUUUAGCAACACUUGAGGCCCUGGUGGCUAUGAUAUUUUUAGUUAAACAAUACAAGUUUAAAUUAGUACCAAAUCAGAAUAUUACAUAUCAAGUUUCAUUGACCUUACCAAUGAAGGAAGGCAUGAAAGUAUAUGUUGAAAAACGAGAUCAAUAAAUAAAUGAUAUCAAUUAUUAAUUUAAAAAA